CACACUGGUGGCUGGAGAGGGAAGACGUAAUGGUUUGAUUCCCGUGCACUUGCAAUGAUCGUCGCUGUGACAUUACUCGGCAAAUCCCUCUAACUGGAGGUGGGAUGAAGGCAGGGGCAUCGUCCAUGUGGGCGUCAUGCUGUGGGCUGCUGAACGAGGUGAUGGGUACGGGAACGGUGCGGGCACAGCAGCCGGGGUUUGGAGCUGGGGCAGGGCCCUUCCGCUUCGCCCCCAGCGCAGGGUACUCCACGUACCCCCCCACCAGCUCAGGGAGCACUGGGCAGCUGUGCAAGGCCUGUGGACUGGCCUUCUCUGUCUUUAGGCGCAAGCACAUCUGCUGUGAUUGUAAAAAAAGUUUCUGCGCUCUGUGCUCGGUGCUGCAAGAGGACCUGCGAUGCUGCAUGACGUGCCACCUGCUGCGCGGCACGGCCUUCCAGCGGCCACGCCUCAUGCAGCUCCGGGUGAAAGACCUCCGCCAGUACCUGCUGCUGCGCAACAUCCCCACCGACACCUGCAGGGAGAAGGAAGACCUGGUAGACCUAGUGCUGUGCCAUCAGGGAUCACGGGAGACACCAAGACCUGUGAUGGAAGAGGAGGAGGAGGAGGAGGAAGAGGAAGAGGAGGAAGAGGAGGAGGAAGAGGAGGAAGAGGAGGAAGAAGAAGAAGGGGAGGAAGAAGAAGGGGAGGAAGAAGAAGAAGAGGAAGAAGAGGAGGACACAUGUGAGGAUGAGGAGGAAGAUGGAGAGAGAGACGACACAGACAGUCUGCACUCACUCCCCCACUCACGUGCCACUCCGCCACCCUCCACAACUCGCUCCACCUCUGAACAGUCGGUCCUGUCCGCCUCUCAGGGAGAAGUGCUCAGCCCCAACGACAGCUCAGGGACCACCAGCCAGGAGCAUGAUGUUACCCCGACGGCAUCCCUCUUGAACCUGGAGUCUACUGAAAGCAUCUUAGAGGUCAGCCCGGCGACACAAAGGAGGAUCAGGGCUUCGCUGUCUGAUCUCGACAAUGAAGAGGCGAUAGAGAACCUCUCUGUCCGCCAGCUGAAAGAGAUUCUCGCCAGGAACUUUGUCAAUUACUCUGGCUGCUGUGAGAAGUGGGAGCUGCUGGAGCGAGUGCAUCGACUGUACAGAGAAAACGAGCAGAACAGAAAAUCCAUGGAAAACGUGAGCAUAACUGCAGUGGUGGCAUACCCUCCACCUAUCUGCAACAGUGGAGCUGGAGAUGGUGUCAAAACUCAGCUGGCUGCAGAUGAAAACCUAUGUCGCAUCUGCAUGGAUGCCAUCAUCGACUGCGUGUUACUGGAAUGUGGUCACAUGGUAACCUGCACCAAAUGCGGCAAGAGGAUGAGCGAGUGCCCCAUCUGCAGGCAGUACGUCGUGCGUGCCGUGCAUGUCUUCAAGUCUUAAGACGCGCAUCUGUGCGACCCCCCCCAUGUGUGCACUUGGCCCGAACCCCUACAUUUUCUCACUGCGGGUGCACCAGUGUGCAAGAUGUCUCACAAGGCGAAAUGCUCAGCAGCAGCAGCACCAGCGGCAGCAGCAGCAGCAGCAGCAGGCGAGAGCAUCGUCACGGCCUCUAAGAGCAGUCUGCUGCCACCGGCAGACCACGAUUCGCCCUCCCCCUCUCCUUAAUAAUUCAUGUCCCAGCCCUCCUCUUUGGUCUCUCACUCUUCCUGUGUUUGGUCUGUUGGACAUGCAACAAAAAAAAAAAGAACGUCCUGCCAUCACCACUUUCCAUCCUCUGUCUAGAUUCUGCUCGCAGGAGGCGAGAGGGGGAGGUGCUGUGGAUACUUGAAGGGUGUUGUUGUCUGUGGUGAAAUAUCCCAAGAUCCCAGGGUCAGAGUCAAUAUGGUUUACACAGUCAUGCCACAUGACAACUGUGUUAUCUCUUUCAGUAUUCUUUAGGAUUGUGCAAUAUGAGAGAAAAACAUCCAUACUUCCCAAACUCUACACGCGCCCGGUCAUCUCAUCUCUCACACGGGAGCACGCAGGGUGCCAAACAUCAUGCCUUCAGCGGAUAUUUGGUUCAAACGUGUCCAACCAGCAAGCUUGUUGGAAUAGUUUGCACCCAUUUUUUCCUCAAAUGGACUUUUGAAAAUACCAUUUAAACUUUUUAACCUAUGUUGUGUUUUAGGAUGUGAUUGUUUCUCCUUUUUCUUCCAUCUAUACUCUCUACUACAUUCCUGUUGUGGUUCAUUCUGACCAAAAAAGGAAAAGAAAAAAAAAAAGUAUCCAAUGCAGACUAACAAGCACUUUUUGGACCUUUCAACCACUUUUCACUGUCAUCACAUGAUCCAAGAUGAUUUUCUAUAAUCUGUAUAAUGAAUAGUCCCGGCUCCGAGGGGCACGACGAAAUGCAGCUGAAAGCUUCAGUAAAAACUGGACUUUUGAUUUUUAACUUCUGUUUUUCACCAUUUAAUUUUGCAUAACUUUCACCAAGCAAUAUCAUGUUAUUCCAAGUCUACCAAAUGUUUGAUUGUGCCGUCCUUAAAUGUCCGAUCUAAGGUAGGUGACAGGUGCUACUUGCUCGUUUUUGAGUUCAACAUCAGCAUACUUUUUCUCAUGUUGUCCAGGCCCUUUGAGGAAUAGGUAGCCAUCUUUACUUUAACCUGUUAUGCAAUUUAAACAAUUCUGUUGUUUUGUUCAUUUGUUUUUAAGUCACAACAUCCAUCUAAUUCAGAAGUCACUAAAUGAUAUGUGUUCUGUAUGUUAUGCCUGUUCUAUGUUUUAAACAAACUGCAGUCGAGUCUCUGUUGAGUGAAUCUCAUAGAUGACCUCUGUUGGACAAGUUCUCAAAUGUAUAUUUUUCCAUUUACUUGGUGGACACGUGAUUUAAAACUCCACUAAGAGCAGAGGUUUGGAAAUAAAGCUAUUCUGUUUUUUCAGAACGCAUUUCUCUUGGUUUUGGUUAGAUGAGUUUGAGUCUCUCACCUAUUAAAGCUAAAUCACAGUCUCACUUUCCAUCACCUUUUUUUUUUUUUUCUCCUCCAUCGUGUGCUUAAGACCCAGAAGGGACGCGGGCAUCACUGUAAACUGUAACUGUCAGUCACGUGAUUAAAGCUGCUGGUUCUCAAAGAUGUCAUUCGUGGGCAGCUACAGUAUUAUCAGACUGUAAGGACAUCGUGAGCACUCAUAAUUUAUGAUCUUUAUAUUUUGAAUGUUGAACCUCUUUAUUUUGGUUAACAGAAAAAAAUGAUUUAUUAGAUUUAAUAAAAUGCAGUACUACAAACCAGAUAACUCUUCCUUUUGUAAGUCGUGAUCCAUUUGAUUUUAGUUAUUCAGGUGGCACGUUGUAAAUGUAUACCUAAACCCCCCAAAUGACCACACACAUAGCUCAAUAUUUAAAAUGUAUUUAAUAUUUUAAAUGUCGACUUUUCCUAGAGGCUUUACAUGUACAUAAUGUGCAGAUCGAUUUGAAGGGACUAAAAUCUGUCAUGGAGACAUGUUCCCUUAAUAAAAACAUACAUUUUUAAUGCAAAGCCAUUCAUCAAACUGUAGAAACGUGGACAGCUACUCAGAAGUUACAUGGAAGACUUUAUUUAAAAAAAGAAAAGAUGGAAAUUAAAUAAUAAAGUGGCUAAAUUAUUGUUUUAGAUG